AGAAUUUUUAUGGUCUGUUUUUUGACUCAAUCAUACUCACCUCAUAGAUUCAUAAAUUGUUUUGUGCGUUAAAUAACAGAUUUUUCGUGAAAUGGAUGAUAUAUCUAGGUUAUUUGGGUUAAGUUUUUGUAUGCUUGUCGGGUGCUAUGUUGCCGGUGCUAUUCCGCUCGCCUUCACAAUGUCUGAGGUAAAAAUUCUGGAUGUUUUUUAUUUAAUUCUUUUAUGUGUCCUUGCUAUAUACGGUGGCUCUGUAAUAUGCUACUAUGGUUUUUUUUUACCCAAUUUAUGUGACUCUCUGUAUUGAUGCUGAAUUUCCUUAGUGAUAUUUGUGGCAUGGUGAAAUGGACAAACAUAUAUUUGAACAUCAUUUUCUCAGUUCUAAACAUAUAUUUCAUAGAGAUGUUGAGUGUGUAGUGUAGAUCUUCUCAAUACGUUAACAGCGUAAUCAAAUACAUGACCUGGAAGUUAUUUGUUUCAACAUCUCGUGUUUUUUAAACCGUCGAUAACAUUUUUGCACUUAGUCAAAAUUAUCCAUAAUGUAUGGAGGUACAUGUAAUUUAACUAAUUUUAUACAGUGAGACUUGGAUAUAAUGAUCCCCUACAUAAUGAAUUAUUCGGUAACAUGAACGCUAUUUUUUGUGCCAGUAAUUAGUAAUGGUAAUAGGACUGAGUGCAGUCCAAUUCCAUCUGUAAUCAUACGAGUGAUUAACAAAAUUGGACAACCACAUCGCGGGAGUCCGAUUUCUUUAAUCGUGAGUAUGAUUACUGACCGAAUUGGGUGACACGAAGUACUGUUACCAAUUAAUCAUAACUAUAACAAAAUUUGAAACACAAGAAAUUCCGAGAGUUUUUUUUCUAUGGCAGUGAAAAAAAGAGCCUUUUAAGUGCGCGCGUGUGAUGGCGUGUACUGUCCAAUCACUAAGGCAUGACACGUACUGUUCUUUUACACUGUCCUAGUUUAUUUGCUGAAAUCAGGACAGCUGAUAGCCAAUCAGAUUUGAGAAUUUUGUUAUAGUUAUGACUAAUGGUAAAAUAUAUCGAAAAGAACCUCAAUAUGGUGCCUUGUCCUGGCAUUGUAAGUUAUAUCAAGGUUCCAUUGUACUUACCUAGCCAAAAAUAGUCAGAGAAGCUUGCAUCAUGACCAUGCUUGCAUCUUUGUCGUGAUAUUUAGUUGUAAUUGGUUUUCUAUUCUAUCGUAAUGUCGGGAGCGACAGUGUAUUGCUGUGUAUCCCUUCAAUAACUAAAGAAAUGCACGGUAGUACAUUAUUUAUUUUUAAAUAGGCUUUAAGUAACAUUUAAUAAUAUUUUGAUCUCAUUUCAAAAUCUCCCUUUGCUUUACAAGAAAACAUAAUUCUAUUUGAAUGGAGAAUCUAGCAGUUUAUCAGACUUAACUUGGGACUCUUUUGCACUGCUCCUUCUUACUUGUUUGUUUCAUAUCAAAGUAUGAAUUGAAAGGGAGAAAUGUUAAAAAAUGUGUCUAUUUAAAAAUGAGUUAAUAAUUACUAGUCUAAGAUAAACAUGCUUUAGUCUGAAUUUUACUAUUGCUUGUUUUUCCUGUUGUCUUAAACAGAAGCGAUUGCGGAUGAUAAGUAUACUUGGUGCUGGUCUUUUGGUAGGAACAGCACUUGCAGUCAUUAUUCCUGAGGGUGUUCAUGCUUUGUAUGAAGCACAGGAACAUGGUAAGCUCCCUUUGCUAACCCAAACUUGAAUUCCAGCAGAUCCUUUGCGCAAGCAGCUGUCACAUUUUGCUUGUUGUAGUUAAUGAUUUAGUUGGAUUUGUCUUGCCUGGACCCUUGCCUUUGGGCAAGUGAGCUUUAAACGUUACUUGGCUGCCCAGUAAGAAAAUCUACUCAUCUCGGACUACUGAACAGGACUUUUUUCUAGCCCUGCAAUUUCUUUCCUUUAGCAGAGCUGUCAUUAAGAGCCAGGGGGCCGGGGAUUUUCCCCGGCUACUAUGAACAUGGUCCCCAGCUACUUUCAUCGGAAAACAGAAGAAAAAUAGAACCAGAAGAAAUCCCUAGCUGUUUGAUUCCCUGCCUACUUAUUAUUUAUUAUUUCUACCUGGCAACUGGAAAUCGUAGUGACAACCCUGCUUUAGUGAAGAUCUGUAUUUAGAAUGUAGGAAAAAAUGUUUCCUACGGCAUAAUAUUGAUACCUAUUACCAAGGAGUCACUAAAUUUUUUUUUUAGCUUUGCCAGAUAUGGCUGGACCACAACAGAUUGCAACAAUCACUGUUGGCCACUGUUGUUCCUUGAGUUUUACUCGUCUGACCAUUUUGGCACUCACCUGGGUGAGCAGGCGAACGCCAAUGUCCAACCCUGUGAUUUAACUUAUCAUUUGUUCUCUCCUCUCUUUUAUCUUUGACAUUAUUCUGCUUAUUCAUUUAAAAUUGUUUCUGCAGUUAACUUUCAUGUUUACUUAUUUUUUUCCUUUAAAGGACACUCUUCCCACACCCACUCAGAAGACAAAGCUGCUGAAGCCUCUCAUUCUCUGGAAGAUACAAGCAAAGUUCAUUCACACGUAGAUCUUUUGAAGCAUCAAAUCUCUCAGGUUGAACCUGAUGUAUUUAUAGGGCUUUCCUUGGUCUGUGGCUUUGUAUUUAUGCUUCUAAUUGAUCACAUCAGUGGUGGUCAUUCACAUGCGCCCUCUGGAUCACAAGGUACAUGUAAAUAAAUUUUAAAGUGACUUAAAUAAUUUUAAUAGUGUCCAUGAAGGAGUUUCAACUGUAUUGCAGUCUUGAGAGGCUCAAUGAGAGGCUUCAGCAGCUGUAUAAAUAAUUAUUAUUGAAGGGGUAGACACAAGUCCACCACUCGCCAAGAGUAUUGAACUCAUGAUCACAUGGUGAGUUACAUGUGGUGUGUUGGGUGAGGAUUGGAGGGGAGUUGGUUAGUGUGGCUUGGUAUUUUCUGAUAUUUUCUUUUAAUCUUCAUUAAAUACACUUUAAUGGGGGAAAAAAGCUUCACCCAUUACAUCGUACAUAAUGUUGUCCUUUUUAGGGUCUACUUUAGACUCAUUUACUUUUGCAUAUUUUAUAGAGGAGCAGAAAUUUAGUUUGGUGCUUUUGUGUGCUGGAACUUUGUCUUGUAACUGUUUAUUUAUUUAUUUAUUUUAAUAAACUUCACCAAGAGGCCGGGAUCACCCACAGAGCAAGCUCCUCUAUGAGGUCAAGAAAAACUGUAUACUGGUAUAUUGGGGUAUUCCUCGGUCAAAACGUGCCUUAAUAUACCAUUGACUCUUUUUUUUUGUAUCACAGGUGGAGAUCCAGAGAGCAAUGGUAGACAGAGACAUAGUAAAAUCACUGCCACGGUUGGCUUGGUUGUCCAUGCUGCUGGUAAGGGUACAUGUUAUUAUUAAUACAAUUAUAGUACUUUCACACUUUAACACCCCACUCAAACAGUCAUCACAAUCUGUAUAAUAUCAGGUGGGCAUCAAAAAUGUUUCCUAACUCCUUUACCUAUACUUUGUUAAUGGUGUGACAUAAUUGUUAAUAAACAGUAAGACUGUUAUUUGUUGUUUUGCAGCGGAUGGUGUGGCAUUGGGAGCCGCUGUGUCUACAUCCAAAACAGAAGUGGAAGUGAUUGUAUUUGUAGCAAUCAUGUUACAUAAGGUGGACAAUGAUUUUUAUUUUUAUUAUUAUUUUAUGUGCGGUAGAAUUCCAAAAAUAAGCCCCGGGACUUAUAUUUUUCAAAGGCCCUUUUUGAGGGGCUUAUUUUUCGAGGGGCUUAUAUUCGGAGGGGCAUCUACGGAGGGAAAUUUGCGUUUCAAAAUCUAAUGGGCUAGCCUUAUAUUUGGAAGUAAAUUGACGGUUUUUGCUUUGUCUUACUGUGUAUUUGAGGGCAAUUUUCCAAGUACAAGUCCCCGGGGGGCUUAUAUUUGCUUAUUUAACGGAGGGUUUUUUUGCUUUCCCAGUUUGGGGGGCUUAUAUUUGGAGGGGCUUAUACAUGGAGGGCCUUAUUUUCGGAAUUUUAUGGUAUAUAUAAAAAAGAAAAACUUUUAGGUUACUGAAUAUCAACUAUUAAAUAUUUGGUACUGGUAAUUGUAAUGGUUGAACAUAUUUUUUGUAGGCACCAGCUGCAUUUGGUCUUUCAACGUUUCUUCUUCAUGAAGUGAGUUUUAACAUCAUUUUCAAUCUUUACUCUAUCAUGAAUUUUGCCUUUCCUGUUUCUUUCUUUCCACAUUACAUGUACAUGUCAAGGAAUAUUUAUUCUUUAUCAACUAUAAUCUUAUGUUACACUUCCCUUUUUGUACGUAUUCUAGCCCCCAAAAAAUCACGCCUUCACUAACAAUAUUAUUGAUAAUUAUAAUAGUUGUAGCUGGGCAUUAUCAUUAAAUUCAAUGUUCUUUUUAAAUAUUAAUAAUAAUGAUGAUUAAUAAUAUUAAUGGAUUUAACCUCAGUUUCUUUAGAUAAAAUUCGUUUUUAGGUGAGUAUAAAUGAGAUAAGUUUCCUUGUAACAUAAUUAUCAAGGCUGUUCUCCAAGAAAAAAAAAUUACAUUGUAGAUAGCCUUAACAAAAUUAUUUUCUAACAAGUUUUCUGGAGAGAUGUGUGCUUUUUUAAUUAGAUCACCUCAUGGCAUGUUCCAUUUGUACUCAUUUAUAGUAUAAAACUGCAAGAAGCAAAAGUAAUAAAGUUUCUUUGUCUUUUGUGUUUACUUUCAGGGAUUGGUGAGGAAUAGAAUACGAAAACAUCUUUUAGUGUUUGCAGCAGCAGCUCCAAUAAUGGCCCUACUGACAUAUUUUGGUCUAAGUCAGGUAAUUAUUCAACAAUGUUACAUUGUAUUACAUGUAGACAAGCCUCCAGAGGAAUCAUCUGUUUUGAAGAAAAUGAGACAUAAACUGCAGCAGCGGAUAAACUUUCUACAACGGAUCAUUAGUAGCAAAGUCAAGUAUUAGCUAACAGUAUUUCUCGGGAUUAUUUCAAAGGCAGUUGUAUCGUCAACAAAUUUAAUUCUAAGGUUCCAAGAAUGCAGUAAAUUAUUUGUCAUUAUGAUAAACAAGAUCACUCCUAAUUUUGUGCCUUGUGGUGUAUCUCCCUUGGGCGAUUUCCACUCAGAGAAGGUGUUCCCUAUCCUCACCGCUUGGGUCCCACUUCUAAAAAAUGCCUAGAAAUGCUAUGAUCAAUCAUAUCAAAACCAUUUGAGUAAUCAGCAGAAAAGAGCCUAACACCACAAUUUUCCGUAUCUGCUGCUUCAUACACUGCCUGGAGUAGGUGUACCAAUGCGUCAGCGGGGGGAAUGUCCCGCACGCGCAUAUUGGCGAGGAUCGAUCUGGUGAGACACCUGUGCAAUCAAACGGCACAGGUAAAACCCUCCAAAACCUUGCAAGGGUACACGUCAGAGCGAUAGGCCGUAGAUCGCUCUCAAUCCACUGUGGUGAUUAGCCUUCAGAGCAUCAGGGAAUUGAAGUAGCCCUCAAAUAAAAUCCUUAAAAACUGGUGCUAAUUGCUGCACAAACUCUUGAAUAUUCUGUUUGGAAUAAAGUCGGGGCCAAUUUCUAUUCGAGUUGUAACAGCAGAGAGAGAGAGAGAGCUUCCAAGUCAUCACUCUCCCUUACCAUAAACUCAGAUGGUAUGUCCUUGGGGGAGCAUAUUGAACAAUCCGAGGGUGUAAAUUGUGGGUUAACCCCUUUUUGCAAGGGAAAACAUAUCGGGACAAUUUUGACCCAGAAACUGUUAAAACCAACCCUGCUUGAUAUCCCUUCCGGUCAACCAUUUUAUACGAUUAUUCUGGAUUCUCAAGAUCUUCAAGAAUCAGAUCUCAAGUCUCAAAACUGGUCAUUUUUGUUUGAGACCAGAGUUGUAAUUAGCCUGCGAGCCAGCUCUCCUAUUUGGGCGAGCGAAGCAAGUCUCGCGAGAACGCGCGAGCGAGCGAGCGGCGAGCUUGCUCGCAGGCUAAGUUGUAAUUCAGUCUCUUAACAGAACCCAGAGAGGAGACUGUCAGCUAGCCUGAGUAACAAGUGCAUCUGGGGGAAAGGGGGAAGACACAAAUGAAACUUAGGGGAGAAAGCGAAGAGAGAGAAAACUCCCCUUUCUCUUCCCCGCCCCCCCCCCCCCCCACCUUCGCCCUCUAAAAUCUUCCCUCCCCUAACCCCUAAAAAAGGCCUGAUACUCAGGCUGUCAGCUUACCUUUAAAUGGUACUUUAUGUAUGACGACAUUUUGGGUUACAUGACCAGGCGAGGUAUCUUCAGAUAAAGUGAUGUUUUUGAGAAUUGACCAGGUAUAUUUCAUGUAUGACCAACACUAUCAGUACAGCAUGCUUAAUAUAAUCCAUCUGUCUCCUCUCAACAGAGCAGUAAAGAAGUCUUUUCAAGUGUAAACGGCACUGGCAUUGCCAUGUUGUUUUCAGCAGGGACAUUCCUCUACGUUGCUACAGUUCAUGUGCUACCUGAACUUCUAAGCAUGAGUUCACAGUGUGACAAUGGAACAGAUCUAGGGGGCCGCUCUGGGGGAAUGCAACGGACUGACUUAUUCCUUAUGGUGUUUGGAAUAGUUUCGCCACUUCUUCUUUCCCAAACACACAGCCAUGGCCAUUGAUGACCAUGAAUUAAAUAUAUUUUUUGUGGAUUUGAACAUGCUAUAGCCCUCUGAAGUGGAUUCACGGAUGGCAUUUUAAAGUAUACCCAUUCAUAAAUACAUUUUUGAGAAAUUCUUACCAAGUGGUUCACCACGUAUUAGGUGGCUCUAACAUUCUUUGCUGUUGUUAGGGUAGUGUCCAAGUGCGGCGAACUAAUGAAAUAUGCGUGGUUGUUUCCCAGUUUGUCGCCAUGGUGCUGUUAAAAUGCUACCCAAGGUAGUUAUAUAACUGACUAAACCUAAUAGUCUGUCUCUCAAAUGACAGCUACAUAAACUGCGCAAAAUUUCUUUAACUUCUUCAAUAACAUUUUUGCAAGGAAAUAGAAUAGAGCAUCAAGUUGAACCCCUACAGCCACUCAGUGUACCUGUUCUCAGUGUACAGUGUAAAUGUCAAGGUGACAAUAAUUCGAUGCGCUUUAAUUUCAAGUCAGUUCCAAAAAACUUCAAGUCGAGUAUUUCCAAUUAAAAAAUAAAAAACAAAAGAAAUUAACAAAUGGCAAUACUUAUGAUACAGAAAAUACCUCGCGUGCUACGUAUUUGAGCAGACACUUAAAUAUGUUUACACCUAUUUACCUUUUUAAGUACAGUAUGUAAUCUCUCUUCCUCUGGCACGAAGUGUAAUUGUAAACGAAAACUCUACAACUGUAAAUGAAAAACAUUCCGGCCCCAAAAACAGCAACCCUCGUUACCAGGGUUCUCUCCCACCCCAUUAGGAUCAAGUACUCCGGGAAUGAGCUUGGCACAAGAGCCGGUAUUCGUACAAACACGAAGCGGAAAGUACUGAUACAAUCGUUGAGCGAAGCAUUCAACCAGCGAUCCACGCGUACCACGUUUUUCUCGGCUAAGGCUUGUUGUACGGGGUAAACGAUAUUCAAAUAAUUUUCCUAGACGUACGUUGUUUGGACGGAAAUCUUAAAAGGGACUUGAGUGAUUUUUCUUAAUUACAUGAAUAUCGCUAUAUUGGUUGCCUGUAUGUAACCUGCCAGCAGUGGUCAGAGUGGUUUCUCGUCCGGCAUGGAGAAAUCAUUGCUCGUAGCUAGAUAUUCGUAGAGUGGCCUAUAUUAUUAUUAACUUUUAAUAUAUCAUAGCAAGACAUUCAUACUCGGGGCGAAGUUUUGAGAGAAGAAAUAUUUCGACCUCAACGCCACGUAAGUCGAAUUAAAUUGUCAAAGGUGUAUUUAUAAAACUGUUAUAAAGUAUGUAGUUUAAUAAAAGGAUUGGGUUCUAACUGCAAUUUCGUAAUUAUAAUUAUACUGUAACUGAG